GCCGGGAAUCGAACCAACGUUGGGUAGCUAUUAAUCGGAUAGGGGGGCCAAACUUGGCCCAAAAUCGGUUCACCUUCUUAUGAGGUCAAGAACCAGGACUAAUUUUAAAAUUUCCGCUCAGUCAGUCUCAGGUUGAGACUAGCUUCAUUGCCCCAUUGAUUGACAUUUCACACGAUUCACACGGCCUCUGCUAAAGGUUCAGGCCCCUAUUUGAUCUAUUUUCCUGCGGAGCCUCGAUCCUGCCUAAAUCACGCAACCUCAACUGCCACUGUCAACAAAUACACAUGAUCAACAAAGCAUGAGUGGCAAUGGCUAAGUCAUUUUCGGAAUAAAACCAUGUGGUUGUGCCGCACCCCCCGUUCUGGAUGGGUUUCACCCCUCAGAUUGGCUGGGCUCAGUGCCAGGCCCGAGCGCCGACCCGCCUGGCUGAUGCCGGCUCGUAGUCAAGGCACGAGCCAACGCUCGCCCGUCCCCCCGCCGACGGCCAGUGCCUUCGAUUACUUAUCGAAGGCAUUGAAAAAAAACAGUGGGCGUGGGCAGGAGGAUCCGGAUUGGCCGUCCAUCUUGGAGCAAUUGCUCGAUGGUCGCCGUAUGUACGAUCGGGUUGAGACCGACGAACCCAUUCAUCCCUUGUUGAAGGUCCGAAAGCCGGUCAUCAACGCGCCCAAAGUCAAGUCCGUGACGCCUUACAAUUGCGAAGUGUUUAUCCUGAAAUGUUGCCUAAAAUUGGAGGAUCUGGACGCGGCGAUGUCCUACUUCACCUUCCUGGAGGAACAAGGGACCAACAUCAACAGCUCUCAUCUCUUGAUUCUUAUCCGAAUCAUCAGCCGCUUGGACCAUGACAUCCCCGAUCAAUAUCAUGAUCGAGUCAUGGCCCUCAUUGAUCCGGCUGAGAACCUGUUGUUCAAAGCCAGGAUUGCCGGAGAAACCGACAUGUGGUAUUAUCUGUCGACCUUGGCAAAUUCGAGAGCUUGGCAGCAAGCCCACCAAACCGCUUUGACUCAUUUGAAGCCAACAUCAUUCAGGUCUUCAUCCUUGGAAACCGUGAAUCAUUUGGUGCGGCGGUUAUUGGAGGAAAAUCGGUGGGACGAGGCGUUGACUUUGGUGCGAUCGCCUUUAUUCCAUCAGGGCUUGGUGUCAUUGCACCAGAAAAUUCCGGAUAGUGUGGACGAAGUCCAAUCCAAUGUGUGGGUGAAAUUAAUCAAAUUCUGUCAGAUCGAUCACGACCAUACCAAGCUCGAGGAAUUAUUCCACAUUAUGCGCGAGAUUGAUUAUUUCGUGGCGGAACGCGUUUUUCGGAGCUUUCAAUUGUUCUACCGGAACCAAACCAAAUACACUAUUUCCUUGGUGUCAGUGAACAAAAGGGGUUAUUGUCGACAAUCCAAGCAACAAUUGCCGGAAUUUAACUUGACUCCCAAGGAACACGAGCAGCUCAAAAGUGCGGUCACCAACAAAGUCCUGAAAAAAUCUGACGCCUUCCAGAUCUCAGAUCCUAAAGAAAUGAAUCAGUUCCAGAAGUUCUUGUCGAGUGCGGCUGAGUACGACAUCGUUUUAGAUGGACUGAAUAUUGCCUUUACAUAUCAGAGGAAUUCAGUAUUCUCCAACAAGAACAAGCAAAGCAAUGAGUUGCAUCGAGUGGUCGAAUUUUGUUUGAAUGAAGGGCUCCGACCUUUGGUGAUUACGCGGCCAAACGUGAAGCAAUAUGCUUGCUACAAUUUUCUUAAGGAAAAUUGCGAGAUACAAAUACUUUCCCACGUCACUGAAGAUGAUCCAUUCAUCAUAAUAUCUGCUCUGAGGCGAGGUCCGAACGUGGAUUUUAUAUCAAACGAUACAUUUCGAGAUCAUUGCUUGUCUUUGGGCGAGAGCAAUUUCGAGACUAAGCGUCUAUUCACGAAGUGGCAAAUCUCGAGGCAACGAUUUCACAUGAUCUACCCGAAGAAUGGCAAGCUCAUCCACGAUAUCAAGAAACCCACGAUGUAUCAAACGAACGCCUGCCAGGUGAAUGGCGAUUGGUAUCUUCCCAUGAGGCCUGAAAUCCCGCCCAAAUUGGAAGGGAGGCACUUCCUACUACCACCACAAAAAUUCUUAUUAAUCCAACGGUCUUGAAUAAAUCUUUCAUUCUUGAUAUUCA